AUGACGACUGAAUAUUGCGAUGUACUUGGCCAUGCAUGGUAUAACAGAUGCUGGCGUCAGUAUGUGCCAGAUUUCAUCAUACACUGUGCUGAAGGUGUAGGUGGCUUUAUCAAUAUCAUUUUCAUUGGUUUAUACUGCGAACUUAUUCAAAUUGCAUUAUAUUUCAUGGAUUUCGAAGAAAUUGACGAAUUAAGAUAUAUUUUCGAAAAGGUCCAUAACUUACUCGUAGUUCCUCUUUGUACAAUUCUUGGUCUAUACAUGUUAUUCAAACAAAAGAGACCAUGUGGCAUUCCAGGUACAGAUAAGACAAUCGGACCAUCAUAUGGAAUGCCAUCAGGUGACGCUUUAACAGCUGCUUGCUUUGCAGUUGCUUAUUUCAAAUUUAAUCCAUACAUUUCAAUAUUUUUGAUCCUUUCAGUCGCAUUUUCACGUGUAUUUCGUGGGUUCCACUCUAUCUUACAAGUUUGCGUCGGAACAUUCAUCGGAAUUUGCUACGGACUUGGAGUUUUGUACGGAGGCUCCAUUUUCUGCAUCUUCAACUGGGCUGUUGCGGCUACUCUUCCUUUCAAUACUAUGUUUGAUAAAAAUAUGAAAAUUCAGAAAAAACACGAUCCAUUUAACUUUACAACGUGGAUGUUCAGCAAUACAGGAAUGUGGCUUAUCGACUUUAUGACUUCUGCACCAAAAGAGAUUGAUAUCUUCGAAAAAUACGGAAAAAGAAAAAUGUCAAUAAUUGCAAUCACAAUUACAACAAUUUUACGUGUUAUUCAAUAUAUUGGAGCGGAAGAAGGUUGGAUAUUAACAUUUGUUUAA